AUGACUGAGAAGUUGAAUAGAUCUGCUAGAGAGGGAAGCGUUGACGCUCUUUACUCAAUACUUGCUGAACACGACGAUGAUUCCAUUGCAGAUACUCCAUUGCAUAUAGCUGCAAGCGUGGGAAACACCCAUUACGCCAUGGAAAUAGCUACCUUAAAACCUCCACUAGCCCGGCAACUAAACCGUCAGGGGCUCAGCCCCAUGCACGUAGCUUUGCAAAAUCGGCACAAGCAAGUGGUGAGAGCGCUUCUAGCAAUCGACAGGGAGCUCGUCCGAGUGAAAGGAAAGGGGAGGAUUACUCCUUUGCAUUACGUAGCUGAAAUGGAGGAUUUGGAUCUUUUAGCUGAAUUUUUGUCUGCUUGCCCUUCUUCAAUAGAGGAUUUAACUGUUCAAUGUGAAACUGCUGUGCAUGUUGCUGUGAAGAACAAAAGGCUUGCUGUUGUAGAAGUCUUGAUCGGAUGGCUUAUAAGGGUUAACAAGAAAGAGGUCUUGCAAUGGAAGGACGAAGAUGGCAACACUGUUCUGCAUAUUGCAACAUCUACAAAGCAACCAAAGGUAAUGUUGUAA